AUGUAAAUAAAAUAUUAAAUAUGGAAUGACAAAUAUGGAUUGGUGAACAACCUUUCUACGCCAAAUCAAUUCAUUUUGAUUGUUUCAAAUAGUCUCAUUUAAAGUCACCACAGUUUUAUAAUUUGUAUGGUAAAAGUUGUGUUAAUUGAUAAAUAAAUAAAUUAUAAAUUAGAGUAAAUAUAUUUAUACUAGAAAUUUCUUUGUCCAAAAACUAGGGCUAUUAAUCUAAAACCUUUUAGAUUGCCCGCUCAAUUAAGAAGCAUCGAUAUUAUCAAUAGCAUGACAUAUAAUUUUUUAAAAGACCAUUUAAAUUAAAAAUGCUUAGUCCAUACUUAUGAUUGAUAGGCUUAACAAUUGUGAAAGGUUUAUUUAUUAGAAGGCAUAGUUCAAUCCUUAGGAGUAGCAAAUCUUUAAUGCUAUUGUAAGUAUAUUAAUCUUAAAUAAUCAACAUUUCGAGAAUAUUCAAGUAUGAUUGCAAAAUGAAGAUUUAAAUGCAACCUAGAGUUAAGGCUUCAUGAAAUUUCA